GUUUUCACCGCAGCAUGAUUUUAUAUUCAAAAUCUGCAGUGCCAAUUUCUUGAAGAAAUGUCCAAUUCACAUCUGUUUCUGAAAUCCGGCUUCCCGCGGGCUCCGCUGGCCAACGGUGUCGGUCGGUAUGUUUGUCAACUGCAGCGCAUUACGCUUAAGUACUGCAAAAACAACGGUUCCAGUAAAGGAAUGCGUGAUUUUCUGGAGAAUGAUCUGAUCGAUUUCACCCGAGCCAAUCCGGGUGUUGUGGUGUACGUGAAACCCCGACGGCACCGGACAGCCGUGAUGUCCGCUGAGUAUUUGAACGGAGACAAACAGUGGGUUAACUGUCGAAACAAUACUCGUGAAGAAAUUCGUAAAUGGAUUGAAGUGCUGAAGACACAAGCUGGCAAUUCCAGCGAUGUUCGGUUACGUAAACUCUGGCACACCGAUGUACCGUCAGUACAGGGACCAUGGACACCAUUUACCCAUCAGCACCCGUCGGCUAAUGCUGUGCAGUAUCCAUGUCCGGAGUUGUCACGGUUGCAGGAGAAGGAAAAGACUGCUACUGAGAAGCUGAUAGAAAUGUACCAAAAGCAGAAAUUGAACGAAGGAAAAUCGGAACAGUCGUGAGCAAGGAUCGUAGUGAGAUAGCCAUGGAUUAAAUGUACUUCAAAACGAGCGUAUUGAAACUUGAAACGAGUUGUGACCAGAGAUGCCAUUUAUACAGAUUUAUCUGUAUUAUACAGAUUUUUACAUGCGCAUACAGAUUUCAUACAGAAUACAGAUUUCC